AACAAAGAGAAAGAGAUUCUACACGUGUAAGAAGAGUAGCGCUUGAAAAAAAGUCAAAAAGCAAUAUCCUUCACCUUUCCCUGCUGUUUCAAACUGUUGCUGUCACUGUGUUGCUCUUUUCAUUUGUGCUGCUCUUCUUCAGACCAGAUUAUAGGAUGGCAAGCCAACCCACAAAGGAGCCACAAUCAAUCUAUGACUUCACUGUCAAGGAUGCUAAGGGAAAUGAUGUAGAUCUUAGCACUUACAAGGGAAAGGUCCUACUGAUUGUAAAUGUUGCUUCCAAAUGCGGCAUGACCAACUCAAAUUACAUGGAGUUGAAUCAGCUAUAUGAAAAGUACAAAGAUCAAGGCUUGGAGAUACUGGCAUUUCCAUGCAAUCAGUUUGGCGAGCAGGAACCGGGGAGUAAUGAUCAGAUUACGGAGUAUGUCUGCACUCGCUUCAAAUCGGAAUUUCCUAUCUUUGACAAGAUUGAAGUGAAUGGUGAGAAUGCUGCUCCAGUGUAUAAGUUCUUGAAGUUAGGCAAAUGGGGAAUAUUCGGGGAUAAUAUCCAAUGGAACUUUGCCAAGUUUCUGGUUGAUAAGGAUGGGCAAAUUGUUGAUCGUUAUUAUCCCACAACUUCUCCUCUUAGCCUUGAGCGUGACAUCAAGGAGCUGUUGGGAGUGAAGGAAUGCUAAGGCCUUGGGCAUUGGCAUGGGGGCAUGGGAAGGGACAUCCUAAAUUUGAAGCUUUUGAUAUGAGCCUGCCUUGUGUGUGUGUGCUGUACGGACUUGUAAAGUUUGUUGGGAAAUAUUAUGUGUGAAAGUGAUGCAGCUCUUCGGUGAAGGAAUGCUAAGGCCUUGGGCAUUGGCAUGGGGGCAUGGGAAGGGACAUCCUAAAUUUGAAGCUUUUGAUAUGAGCCUGCCUUUUGUGUGUGCGUGCUGUACUGACUUGUAAAGUUUGUUGGAGAAUAUUAUAUGUUAAUACAGUUUGAGGUAUGGCGUAAA